AUCACGUGACUCUGAUAACUUCACUAUUACAGGUUUAUGACGGAAGUAAAGACCAAAUCACGCACCAGUUGGGAAAUAUCCAGGAGAGGUAGUUGGACUGUAACAGUGAGCUGCAGCAAUAGAGACACAUGAACGUUCAACUGAGAGCGGCACAAUUCCCAGAGGCCGUCAGUCACCUCCUCGCGGUCUCUACAGAGCGGCUUGUGCUGGUGCUGCAGCUUUAAAUAGUGGGCCGACUUUUCCAAGUCUGAGAGAGGGGAGGAGUGAGGAGUGCGGCGCUUUUCUGAAACUGUGGAAGAAAGAAAAGAGAGACAGGGGGAAAGAGAAGAGGGAGCAGAGUCCGGAUGCUGUUCUUCUGUCUAGGGGAACACUGCUCUUUUCUUAGUCGCCCCGAAUUGCGCUGAAUUCAAGAUCUUCUCUCCCCCCCCCAGCUGGAUGUACCCACGGCCGGACCACCCAAAGACAAGUCCCAGGCUCUGAUCUACCCUUUGUUUGCUGCUGGAGAGCACGAUCCAGCCAUGCCCAGGAGAAGCGUCGUGGAAGUCAUUGUGCAGGACGUGCAAAAGCGGCGCAGCCCCAACAAGCAUUAUGUAUACAUCAUAAAGGUGACGUGGUCUAAUGGAACAACCGAGGUUAUAUACAGGAGGUACAGCAAAUUCUUCGACCUGCAGAUGCAAAUUCUGGAUAAGUUUCCAGUGGAAGGAGGUCAGAAGGAUCCAAAACAGCGAAUUAUCCCCUUCUUGCCUGGUAAAAUUCUUUUCAGAAGGAGCCACAUACGUGAUGUCGCAGUGAGGAGACUGAUUCCAAUUGAUGAAUACUGCAAGGCACUUAUCCGGCUGCCAGCAUAUAUCUCCCAGUGUGAUGAAGUACUGCAGUUUUUCGAAGCCAGAGUAGAAGAUUUCAACCCACCUAAAGAAGAACCUAUUGGAAGGAAGAAACUGGGUGGAGAUUCUUCCUCAUCUGAUGCUUUGGUCCUGGAUCAGUAUGUUGUGGUGGCAGCUUAUGAGAAACAGGAGAGCUCAGAAAUCAGCCUGCAAGUGGGACAAGUUGUUGAUAUCAUUGAGAACAAUGAAUCUGGCUGGUGGUUUGUGAGCACGGCAGAUGAGCAAGGCUGGGUACCUGCUACCUGUCUAGAGGCUCAGGAUGGUGGCCAGGAUGACUUCACAAUCCAGCCUGAAGAAGCCCCUUGGAGAUACUGGUCUUUGCCCAGACAUGUCGGCCGCCGACGAACCCUUGGGGAUUUGUACAGCAGUGGAUGGGGUCCAGAAGAGAAGUAUAUUGUGAUCUACCCCUAUACAGCAAGAGAUCAGGAUGAAAUCACCCUGGACAAGGGAUAUGUUGUGGAAGUCAUUCAGAAGAACCUAGAGGGAUGGUGGAAAAUCAGAUACAAAGGCUCUGAGGGAUGGGCUCCUGCUUCCUAUUUAAAGAAGGUUAGUGGUGACCUGUUGUCCCAGAAACUGGCUGCAGGGUCCGGUGCUAACUCUAGUGCCAUAGACUUGGACGGAAUCACCAGGCAGCACAGCUUCACAGGGCAGGAACGGGACAGCCCAGCUCAUCUGAGAGAGGGGAGGAUCGAUACAAGACCCCCUCACUUUGCAGAUAUAAAGAGGAAAUCUCCUGUAUUAAGACAGAGGCUUCCUCCCCGACGUGAUCUCACUAUUCCUCGUGGUCUCCAUCUCCCAACACCACCUACGCCCCCACAUGUUGAAGAAGAGUAUUACACCAUUGCAGACUUCCAGACAACCAUACCAGAUGGUAUAAGCUUCCAGGCUGGGCUGAAGGUUGAGGUUAUAGAGAAGAAUCAUAGCGGAUGGUGGUAUAUUCAGGUGGAAGAUAAAGAGGGAUGGGCUCCAGUAACAUUUAUAGACAAGUACAAAAAGACUAGCAGUGCCUCAAGACCAAAUUUUUUGGCUCCAUUACCUAAUGAGAUGGCCCAGCUGUGCUUGGGAGAUGCCAGUACUGAAAAUAACGCAGCAGAAGAAGCAACUCGCCCAUGUAGGCCAUUGCCUGAUCCACCACAAAAUGGUACAGACUCCACAUCAAAAUGGUCCAAAGACUGGAAAGGCAAAGAUUCUGCAUUUAAAGGCACUCCAAUGGACGGACAAGACCUUGGUGCUAACAGUAUUUAUGAUGAAGCCGCUGUAGAUCUUGAGGAAAAGCCAAGCCUACCACCAAGGAAAGAAUCCAUGUUAAAAACAGAAGAUGCUUCUGAACGAACAAGCACGCAUCAGCUAAGGGCACCACCGCCCAAACCACUGAGCAGCAUGAUGACACCUGUCCCUCAGAAAAUCAUGCCUUCAAAGGAGGCUAGGAAACCAGAACUAAAAAAUGACAAAAGCAAAAUGUUCCAGCUAAAAAAUGAAAUGGGCAUUGAGUGUGGUCACAAAGUGUCCCCUAAGGAAUUGAAAAAACCCAUGCUUAAGCCUGUUGCCAACAAACCAAAGCCUGAGCCACCUACAGAAAAGCCUGACUCAAUAGCCCCAAAUGCAUUCUUGAAACCUAAGCCAGUUGUGAGACCCAAGCCAGUUGCCACUCAAAAGACUGAUCCUCAGAAUGACGAUAAAGUUGAUAUUUCAAAUUUGAGAAGCAGGCUCAAACCAGCAUCAAAAUCCCUAGACAAGCCAAAUGACCAGGAGUUUGCAGGAAAUGGUGCUUCCCCAUAUCCAACACCAACUUCAGGAGCUGCUGGCAGACCCCAGGAGAGACCAGACCUAAGGCCUUUACAAAAACAGGAUGGUGAAAGCUCUAGAGAUCCUCCUUCCAAAGCUCUCCCAGUACCCUCUAGAACUGUUGACAGUAAUCAGAAAGGUGGCAUUGUAUCUGGUAAAGAACCACCUCAGAGGCCUGUGAUCCCCCAAAGAAGGCCCCCUCCUCCUAAAAAAGUUAGUCUGUCUGCUGAUACAAUUGAGGGAAAAGUACAGAAGGACUCAGAACUUACAUCUACCCCAGUGGGAAACAGACCAAUAAUGGUUCCACCAAGAGCCAGACCAUUCCAUCCUCCAUCAAGCAAUGAUGACACCAAAGUCAAACCUAGCUUUGUUCCAAAGACACAAGCACCAAGGCAUAUGGAUAAAGAGAUAAGGGAAAAGCCCGCCUUUGCUUUACCAACCCCAGAGGUUUUAAAAGAAAUGCAUUAUGUGGCUAUUGCUGAUUUUGAUGGAGAUGAGGACACCGGCAGCUUUAAAGAAGGGACAGUGUUUGAUGUUCAAGAAAAAAGCUCUGGUGGCUGGUGGUUUUGUAGGGUCCUUAGUGGAGGCCCCGCUUGGGAGGGCUGGAUACCUUCCAACUAUCUAAGAAAGAAGCCAUAGUGGCUUUUUUAGUUUACUCAAUUCAGUAGUCCCCAAUUUCAUGUCUAUUUAAUUAGCUGAUUAAUUUAUAGUUUUUACAUAAAGUCUGCUUUUUUUUUUUUAUAAAUUCUGUAUUUUUUGAUAUUACUAUUAUAUGAAAAGCAAGAGAAGGACAGAAAUUGGGAACAAUAUAAUCUUGUGCUCACAUGGUACAAGAGAUGUCGAUAGUAUCACUGCUGGUAUUAUUAUGCAGCAAAUCUCAAAAGACUAAGAUUUGUAGUACAGCAAUGGUUUUAGGGCCACAGGGUCGCUAUAACUCACCUUAAGUCCCAAGAAAAUCCAGCCAUGAAUGUUUUUCGGUUUUCUUAAAGGAAGCCCCGUUUAGGUUAUUUCAUUUGUCUAGAACUAGGUGUACAGUAUGAAAUCCAAUGGGCUGUCAUUUUUGAUAAUUCUCUUAUAUAAUUGUAUUAGAACAUAAGCUUGAAUAGAGUGUCACAUUCAUCUUUUACAGCAAAGUUUCUGUUCUGAUACGAUGCUUAACUGAUUUCCCACCCUGUUCAGCCAGUCAACAGUCCUGCAUUUCUAAUGAAGUUCUGCUAAAGGGUGAAACAAUGACAUAGGGAGUUUGUGUGCCUUUUAUCUAUCCAAAUAGAAGCAACAACUCAUUUGUUUUGUUAUUGCUAUGUAAAUAGCUGCCAGAAAUGUGCACUAAAGGCAGAGACACCCGAUCAGAUUAUGGGGAGAUUGUCACCCGGCGAUAAAUCGCCUCUUCUUCGUGGGCGACUAAUCACCCCAAACUGCCUCCACGUUGGCUAGAAUCAAAUCUUCAGCGGGAUGGCACUCGGAGCUCUUCAUUUUCCGAAGUCACCGGAUGUUUCCUCGUGAGGCGACUCCGGAAAAAGAAGUGCACCGAUUGCAAUCCCGCCAGCCAUUUACAUUCUAGCUGGCGGGAGGCAUUUUGGGGGAGAUUAGUCGCCCCGAAGAAGAGGAGAUUUGUUGCUGGGUGACUAAUCUCCUCGAAUCUGAGCGUGUGUCUCUGCCUUUAAAGUCUAAGAAGAGAGGUAUGGGGUGCAGAAAAGAGAUUGAAAGAAAUCACAUCAGGUAUAAAGAUUUUCUAAAGAAAAGGAAAUAAUUCCCUGUAGGGCUUAAUUCUUCUGCUGACAAGAUUGGCAAAUGUUUCUCCCCAUUCACUUUGGAACUGAGGUUUAUACCCCUCGGACAUAAAGGCGGUUAUUUACCAAUAUCCAAAAAUAUCGGAGUAUUAUCUGAAAACUACUUUAACCAAAUCUCGCACCGGGUUUAUCAAAACAUUUUUCCAAAAAUUUCCUGUGCAGGAAAAAAACUAGAAAAAAUUGUAAAAAAAAUAAAUAAAUAAUCGAAUUGUACAGUUUUUGGAUUUUCCGCUCAAAAACCACAAAAAAUUAAAUGGAUUAUUGCACAAAACCCAGCACGGAUCAGAAUAGUUUCAGGACUUCUCCCAUUGACUUCUACAUGAACUCAGCAGGUCUGAGCGGGAGUACUUUUUUAUUUGGACUUUUAACACCCUUGGUGUUUGAUUCCGAAAAAUUUAAUUUUUUUUCCACUAAAAAAUUCAGAUUUUAUAGUAAAAAAAAAAAAAACCUAGACUUUUCGAUUUUUUGGCAUUCGAUCUUUACUAAAUAACCCCCUUAGAGUCUUGACGUGUUUAGACAUUUUGAAAAUAUGAUUUACUGAGAAUUCCAAAUCUAAGGUAUUCACACUGGGCUAGUAAUAAUUACUGGUUAGUUUAAUAAUAAGGAACUAAGGUUUAGAAAAGUGCCCAAUGGCUAACGCACAGCUGUAAAUGGAGUCUCCAAGUGCAAUGCCCUGAAACUUCAGCUGGCGGGGGGAAUCAUAUGGUAAAAUGUAGGCACUCUAUGCAAAAAUAUAAUCCAGACCAGACUUGUAAAAUGAUGGCAAUUUAUUAAAGACAGCAUGACAGCCUUACACAUUUCGUGCUUUCAUUAGCACUUAGGCCUUGAUUAGUUAUAAAUACAGUAGCAUUAUCCCUGUAAACAGGCUUGGGUUCAUAUUUUCUGCAGAACUUUAGGAGUCCAAAUGGCUAACCAUACACACAUUUUUUAACUAAUGUUUUUUCUAGAAAUUGGACAUGUGUUUGAGAAUGAAAUAUGUUAUAGCU